AUGAAUCACAAAGACGAUAUCCGGGAUGCCAACCGUCCGCAAGGGUAUGCUCAUGGAUGGCCUGCCGGUUCCUUCUAUCAGUCAAGCUCUCCUCGCAUAUCUCAUCUUACGUCCUACGCAAUGAAUCAACAGCACCAAAUGACCCAUUGGGUAGCCGAGCCUAUCCAUCUGGAGUCGGACUACUCUCCAUCCAAUGUUUCUCACACGAGCUUUCCAUCUCAUCAAAACCUGCCAUUCUCCUACAGUCAAGGAUCCUCCCAAGGCGCGCAAGCGUCCCCUCACUACUCUCCAGCGUCCACAGUCGGGCCCUAUACUCCUGUGCCAUUCAGCACGCCCUCCGCCUCACUCGCUCAAUUUCCGCGCUCGUAUAGCUCGCCGAGGCAACCCCGUAUGGACAUUGACGAAAGCCUCCCAGUUGAUGUUCGCAAUGCGAUGCAAGCAGCCUACGCCUCGCAGGAGUAUGCCCAAGGUGAAAACGUCCCAGCGGACAUUCUUUUGCCAACUGUUCAAAAAGUUGAUAAAGACCUAUGGCGAUGUCGCAUCUGCAACAAGGACCACAAGCGUCGAGACCACACUUUGACACAUGUGAGAACGGCACACCUCAACAACAAGGGCUUCCGGUGCCAGUAUGAAGGAUGCGAAAGUGCUUUUGGGCGCAAAGGUGACUUGGAAAGACACGAAAACACGACACAUCAGAAAAAUUACGACGAAGCCUGCCCAUACUGCCAAACUCAGCUUCAUCGCAAGGAUAACCUUUCGCGUCAUGUCAAGUCUUGCAAAGCUGUUGGGAUUGCCCAUCACCGGCGGGGGGCUUCAGGAGACCUAGGAAGUUCAUCCCUAGAGGCUUCGUCUAGCUCCUAUUACCCGCGCAGCAGCACCGAAAUCGCUCGUCCAUACCGCUCAACUCGUCAAAAUCCUCGUGGAGAACAUGGAGCCACGCCAUACCCAACGGUACGCCAUGGCUCAUUUCGGGGUCAUGGUCACCUACUCGCUUUCAACUAUCCCGCCGCAGCGCAUGCCUGA